AUGGAUCUGCUCUCGCUGGUGGCAGAGCAUUGCGCAGUUUUUGGCUAUGCCUUCGCCUUCCAAGACGCCGAGGUCUUGAGCCAAGGGAGCGACCAAACGGUAACGAAGGCGCUCGAGGCAUGGCAUAGCAUAACCACCUCGAUUAACCGCUGCGUAAAUUUGCCGGCUGUUUACCAAGACCUGCGGGUGAAGUUCAGUAAGCAGGACUACUGACGAGGCGUCAGGGCAGCGGCCAAACCCAGACCAAACGAGAACACGGACGGAUAUAAACAGGCAUCGGAGACAGACGAAAACAGGAAGCAGCCGGCGGCGAACACAAACCCAGGAGACCACCUACAGGGUCUGAACGCAGACAGACGUGAGCACUCGAAGAAAAGGAACGACAGUGAGAGGGGCCCCAAGCCCGACGUCAACACUGGCGUGGCAACCACCGUGGACACGGUUACGGGCGAGUGUGGACGGGGCAGGAAGGCGAGAUACGUGGGAGACGGACAAAGGACAAUGCAGACAAGAGCAAUGACCGUGGUCACCCUGACGCCGUCUCCCUCCCCACACCCGACAGAUGAUGAGGAGGGGCGGAUGCCACCAUGACAACAAUCGCCACCCGCUGGAAGUCAGUGACACGCCGGCACGAAGAAACCCUUAAAUACUGUGACGUGUCGUAAGCAACCCACUUCCGAUGAUGGAAGCUUGUCUGCUUUCGAAACGUCAAGCCAGUGAAACCAUGGUUCCUACGAUCGCCUUACCUUCUCGUACAGCGAAAGACCGACGGAACCCUACAUACAUCGGUUUACCGCAAAGACACUUAUUCGGAAAUCAUUCUACCUUACGAAAGCAAUCAGCCAAUCUCUCACAAACGGGGUGCUGUCAACAGUGUGCUUAAUCGAGCAAAAACACACUGUUCUGAUUAAGAAGGCUAUCGAGAUGAACUAAAUUUCUUGUGUGAAUUGUUUUCCCGGAAUCGAUACUCUAGAGAUUUUGUACGCCCAUGCAUGAGGCAGAAAGAGUCGAAGAGGAAGGAACCGGGUAAUCCAAAUCAGACGUGCGAAACAAAAACUUGGCGAACACUUCCUUACAUUAAAAAUGUGACCGAACUCGUUGAAAGACACUCAAGGAAGCACCAAAGUCAGGUGGCGCACCGACCGAUGAGUAAUUUGCGCACUCAGUACGUGCACCCUUAGGAUAGGGUUAACUAUCUGGACAAAAAGAAGUCGUUUACAAGAUCCCUCGUGAUGCAUGUACUGCCGUCUAUUACGGCCAGACUGGAAAAUGCGUCUCUACACGCAUUCACGCACAUCAGUUGGUAGUGAAGAGGCGAGACCUCCUGUCUCAGGUAGCCGUGCACACCCUGGACACCGGACACACUUUCGCUUAGUAAAAAACUCGUAUUGUUACUGUGUGCCCCUCCAAGAAGGGCCGGGAGUUCCUCGAGGCCAUGCACUCAGACGAACCAUGCAUCGACCGGCACAUCGAGUUGGAUGCCGCGUACAGAAAUCUCAAGGAGAAAUGGAAGAAGCGAAGGCCAAUCACAACGAACUGACACACACAACAGCCGCUUACUGGCACGAAUGCCAAUCGAUUAUGGAUUUUUUAAGUGCACUUCAGAUGUUAAAUGUGCUGGCGCAUUUGUUCUCCGUCUGUGUCUGACGACGACCCGGGGAACUGGUGCCGAAAAUGUGCACAAUAAAUUUCCUUCCCACAAAGCACAUACUUAACUCCGACUUAUAUUUCUUGGGAUGCCUACCUUUCAACAUACGCGCCCCUCUGCCACAGACUGGACUAAUUUGACAAUCGGGCGAGAACGCAUUUACGGCGCCACCGGAACAGGCACCGAAGUCCCUUGAGCAAGGGCGUGUCUGCGUCGGCCUUGAAGUUGAUUGACCGGUUUGGAUAUCUGUGGUUGGCCGGGAGCGAGGCUGCCACUAGGACGCGGUCGAGGCAGGGUCAUUGCGCAAUCAGUUAUGACAUGUGUAUAAGGGAAAGACAAUUGUCUCUGCCACUUCUCCAUGUUAGAUGAGGCCAAGCAACGUGAAGGAGGAAGCAAACUUAUGGCAGUCCGCGCCUCCUUGAUCCUCGCCGCUUUGCCAUGCGGUCCUUCCGUCUGCUUCACUCCCCCUGUCGAUUCGGCGCCGGGGCCGUGUGAAGCUUGUCACUAGCUUCGCGAGUGCUCGAGGUCAAUCAACGCUGUCCUCGUCUUUUUGACAGGCGGACACUGAGACAGAGCGAAAGGCGCACACACGCGCUGGGGUCCAACCACCUCAACGGCAGACAGAGACCCAGCUUGCCUGGGGAGAUCACUUGCGGUAAAUGCUUGCAGAGCCUUGUAGACGCACUCCCUCAGCAGUAAAGGUUGUCCAAUCAAUCCUUCUUCCCUGACUUCUGAUUUAGGAACCUUUGACUUGUUGACCAUUGCACCAUUUCGACAGUCGGUGACCCAUUGCGAACAGCGAUCUUCUUCCUUACCAAACUACGAUAUAGUCAAGCGUUGACAAUGGACAAUUUUCUACUGGAAGUGCAGCGUGUUUUGGCAUUUGCUUCUGGCAUUCUUUCGACCGUACAAAUUACCCAGCUGGCUGAACGGCUUAUGGAGAUGCGCGGGUUUUCCAAGCCAUCACCUUCUGCUCUCUCGACUUCCUCAAUUGCCUCUUUGUCUCCCAUCUUAGACCUGAAGUCUGAGCUUGCGAGGCUUGUCCAAGAUAUCGCUUCUAUUCAAAACAGGCGGUUUCCUCAUCAUCCCGGAGCCCGCUGAGGGCAUCUACCCGGCGAGUCCAACCUACACAACCAGCUCUUCUCAACACAGCCACCGCCUGCUGGUAUCCCACCACCCUUGUUGUUAAGGCACGUCGCUGCAUCUCUCCCUGUUCAUUCAUCUCCCAUCACAGCAAACGGGUCAGUCCGAAGGUCAGUGUGUCCAAUCUUCUUGGAAAAUCUAGCCUUGUUUGUACCUUAUACAUCUGUGACAAUCGGAACAGCAGGCGUUUCUUGGUCGACACUGGUGCACAGUUGAAUGUCUUCCCUCUCAUAGCCGCCGACUGUCAGUGCCCCAAUCCCGGCUUCUUCCUCCAGACAGUCAACCCUUCGCCGAUUACCACCUUCGAAUCCUGCCCUCCCUCCGUGGGCAUCGGCCUACAUCGUCCUUUCCAUAGGGUCUUCGUCGUUGCUGACAUCCCGAUUGUCAUUUCCGGUGCAGACUUUCUCACCGUUUUCGAUCUCCUGGUCGACUGCCGUCAGUCCCGUCUACACGAUAAGACCACCAACUGCAUUGUCCGAGGUGUCUCUUCUUCUGACGCUUCCCGUCAUCUCGCCGUCCUGGACCCUGAGCCCGUUAAUCCACUUCGGCAACCCCUCCUCAAAUACCCCAGCCUCACUCGUCCCAGCUUUAGCGCCGCGAUUCCACCACAUGACGUUGUUCACCGCGUCCGGAAUACUGGCCCUCCCCCGUUUUCGCGACCCCACUGUCUCUUGCCUGUACGUCAUGCUGCCGCAGAGGCCGAGUUCGAGAACAUGCUUUAGAUGGGUAUCAUCCGUUAAUCUGAAACCCCGUGUGCCUCGCCCUUUCCCAAAGGCCGCCACUGGUAACUGGUGGCACUGCGGUGAUCACAGGGCCCUGACCAACGUCACCGUUCCGGACCGCUACCCUGUUUGACAUUUUCGAAAUUCUCCCACUGCCCUAGUCGGCAAAUCUGUGUUCUUGAAGGCUGACCUGGUCCGUGCCUUCCAGCAGAUUCCCAUCGCCCCGUGGGACGUUUCGAAGAUGGCUGUCACCACUCCCAUUGGCCUCUUUGAGCUCCUGCGCAUUCGUUCGGACUCCGCAACGUCCCCCAGACCUUCCAGAGGUUCGUAGAGAGGGUGCUUCGAGGCCUGUCGUUUGUCUACGCCUAGACAGACGACCUGUUGGUAGCCAGUUUCACCGCGUUGUUCUCAGCUCGCCCAAGCGCGUCUUUGGUGUUUCUUCUCUCGAAUUUCUCGGACAUCUGGUUGACUCCAAGGGCAUCCAUUGUCUUUCAUCGAAGGUUGUGACCAUUCGUGAUGUCCCACCUCCCUCUUCCAAGCGCCAGCUGCAGUGA